UUGUGUGGAAGUGUUAUGGACUGAGGACGUAUUUUAUUCAACAAAGUUGUUCUUUCUCCGUGAAAUCAGUCUUUCAAAAAAAAAAACGGUCUCUUUCCAUGGAUCUCGUAAAAUAACUUCUCUCCUUUUAUUUAAAAAAAAAUAUUUUCCAGCGAUAUUUUCCUUUGUAAAAGUGGAUUUUUGUGAUUUUUCCAUCUUCGAGAGUGAACUUUAACUCUGUGCGAUAAUCAUCAACGUCAGGUAGAAGUUAGGUGGCCAAAGGAUCUCAGAAAAUCAUAAGGAUAUAAAAACAGUUUAAGAAUACAAAAAGGAACUCCUAAAAAAAUCCUUAAAGAUUUUAAGGACAUGGUGGUGUGAAAACGAAUUUAAUAAAAUAUCGUGAAAAUGGUGGAAAAUCCAGGACAAUGACCGUUUAGGAUGGUGUUGAGUGAUGCAAGUGUAACCAUCAUUGAUCUCUGUUUAUCUCACCGUGACACUGUGCAAUCCAUCAACAGCGUGAAUCUGUGACUUGUAGUGUGAUUGACCUCAUCGUGCAAAGGAAUACACAAAAAUGGAGUAAAACAAAAUGUUUUCGUGAGCAAUAAAAGGAUUAAAAUAACACGAAAAAAAUCUAAAAGAAAUAAUUUCCACAAUGCAUACAAUCUUCACGGACCAGAAUACCUUCUCACGUCACUACCAUUCACACCAGACGGGCUAUGCGGGACCCGCCGGUGCUACAAUGGGUCCCACACCGCACUAUGCUUAUGAUCAAUUUUCACGGUACACCUACCCAAGCAAUUAUGCUCUGACGAGUCCACAUCAUCAGAACAAGGAGAUGGUGAAGCCACCGUACUCCUACAUUGCCCUCAUUGCCAUGGCCAUUCAGAAUGCACCGGAAAAGAAAAUAACUCUCAAUGGGAUUUAUCAGUACAUCAUGGACAGAUUCCCAUACUACAGGGACAACAAGCAAGGCUGGCAGAAUUCCAUUCGGCACAAUCUCUCACUCAAUGAGUGCUUUGUGAAGGUGGCACGAGACGAUAAGAAACCAGGAAAAGGUAGCUACUGGACACUUGAUCCGGAUUCCUACAAUAUGUUCGACAAUGGUUCCUUCCUACGACGUCGACGACGGUUUAAGAAAAAGGAUGCCUUACGGGAGAAAGAGGAGAGCCUUAAGCGGCAAAAUCUCGUGCUUGAGGACAAGAUGACUGACAUAAAGCCUAUAAAACUAGUCGCGAAUGCAAUGCUGGAGUCGAAGCAUCAGCAAUUCAAGAAGGAGCCCGGUCUUGAGCUUGCAUCGCAAUGUAUGACCAAAGAUGGUCUCACGGGAGCCUCCAUUCUCAAUGCCUGCCACGACACACUGGCAUCACAGGUGAAUCAUCUCAGUGCUGGAGCUGAUCAUGGCUUCUCCGUGGAUUCCCUGAUGAAUGUCUACAACCCGCGCCUUCAUCACUCCGCCUAUUCGGCGGCGUAUCACUUCAAUGAGGACAAUCUGGCUGGUGCUGCAUCGCAAAUGCGUCAUCAUCACACGAACCACCAUGGCGGUUGGUAUACGCCGGAAACACCGCCGGACACGAAUGCAAACAGCACCGGAGGUGUGAGUGCACCCUCGGUGGCCAUUGUGUCUUCUGCACCCCCAACCGCCGGCUUUCGUGAUAUGGUUGUCUUUGAGCACAGUCAGCAUUGUCAGAUGGACUCAGGUAGCCCCGGCGGCGGCAGUCUAGCCUCGGGUAGCCCACCCGUACUCGGUGGAGUCUCGUCCGUUGCUGCGGCCGCCGCCGCCGCACAUUUACCCACCAAUCUUGGCCAUUAUCGACCCCAUAUGGGUUACUACCAGGACUGCGUCAAGUACGGCGUAUAAGCGUGAGUUCAACCAAAAUUCUUGUAAAAUUCCCUCAUCAGAUUAGACAGUGGUUUUCCUGAUGCACAACAAAUACAAAAAAUCAACAUCUUCAAUUUUAAUUUUAAUAAAUCUAAAUUAUUAUUUAGGUUGACCGAAAAAUUUAUUUCUUCAUAAAAAUUAACAAAAUCUUUCAAUUUUUGCGAAGAAAUAUAUUUUUUGGGAUGUUUACCUUCAUUAUAAAACUUUUUAUUGAAAUACUAAGCGUUUUUUUUUUAACCCUUUCGCGUUCUCUGGGUUAUCUGUUGACCUCAACGUGAAUCAUUCUAUUUUCUCGAAUUUUAAUGAAUUUAAUACAUAGGUAUUGAUUUUCCUAGAUAGAAAUGCUUAAAUUUAUGUAAAUUAGAUAAAAUAAAACGUUUUGAGUGAGAAGUUUCCUCUAAAAACAUUCAUUUUAUUGAAGAAAAGAUCAUUUCAUGGGGACGCGAAAGGGUUAAAUUAGAAUGAUUUAAAACACUUCUAUAAUUUCAAAGAAUUUUUAAUCAUAAUUCAAUUCAUAAAAUACUUUACAAUCAAACUCAAGGUCUCAAGAAAGCUUUAAGCUCUAAAACAUUCAAGGCUUGAAUCAGGCUUGAUCAGGAAAACCAACUUGUUCUAAAUGAAAAAUUCCUACGUUUCUAAACGAUUCAAAGAACUCUAACGCCUCUCUUAAAUUUUCACAAAUAAAAUGUAAAAGAACUUUGUGAUUCUUUCCAAUAUUACUUCACGUACGCAUAGAAUUCUCGUGAAAAGCAAAGAAACUCACUAAAAUGGCGCACUCUGACCCAUAAAAAAAAAUGAAAUAGGAGAAUCUUUUCGCGAGAAGUUAUAGCAAAAAGUAAUAUUUAAAUUUGCAAUAAUAAAUUAGUUUUGAGAUGUAACAAAAAAAAUGAGAUUGAUGCAAAAUAUUCAACAAAUUAUGUAGAAAAAAAAUCGACUGAUUUAUCAUUUUACUGAGAAAUAAAUUUAAAAGAGAAAAAACCCAACUAUAUAACAAAUCUUGUGUCACAUUUAUGUAUAGAUUAGUGAGAAAUUCAUUCCUCUCUCAUUGUAAGAAAAAAUUACUCUGACUUAGCUGGUAAAGGAUAUUUAAGGGAGAUUUUACUUUGAAAUAAAAGAAGGAAAAACAUGGUGUACGUACAUAUUUAGCAUUAUUUUGUGACAAAAAUAGCAUAAAGGGAAAUAUUAGUUAUUUCAUUGAUUUUUCAUUUUGGCUUUAGUAGUUUGUAAUUAUCACAUUAAAAAAACAGCACAGAAUCAUACCUACCUAAAUACAGAUUAAAGAAAAAGAAAUGCGUAGUCUAUAAGAAAUUGAAUAAGUAAUGAAUAAUGUAAAAUUUAUGUAAAGUAUUAAAUAAAAAAAGAAAUUAAGCAAAAUCGAAUGAUAUUAGACAGAGAAAUUGUAUGUUAAUUAAAUUUCCAUCUCUGACAGAUAUUUCCUCCUGCAAUUUAACAGCGUUUUGAAGUGAUUUUUAUUAAAGGAAAUUCCCUGAAAAUUCAAUC